UUGUGCGAAAGAGAGGGAAAUAGUUUUUUGCUCGUGACGCCUCUGUAUACCCUGUGGUUAAAACUUUGGUUCUGUCAAUUCUUUACAACGGGAAGCACACAAAAAUGGUUUUAUGUAAAUUAUAUCAACGAGGUUGUUGUUAUCGUGGUUCCAAUUGCUUAUCUGAACAUGUAGAUGUUAAAGAUAUAAUUGAAAAAGAUAUGAGGGAGGCUGUUAAUGGUAAAAUAUGGCCUUUAUCCGCGUAUGGACCAUUCGAGUAUAAACAAUCGCUACCUAACUUUAUAGAGGAUCAAUCAUUUGAAGAAGUACGAAUGUCGUUUUACGAAACGAAAUUAAAAAAUUUCUUCGGUCAAAAUCAUGAUAAAUACAACAAAGAUGUCCAGGAGGCCAGAAAUAAAAUGAAACCAACUGUGGAUGUUGUUAAUGUCGCAAUUAAUCUAUAUGAUAUACCUGUGGGUAGAAAAGAGAAAAACACUUCGCCAAUAAAGUGCAGCAGUGCAGCAACAGUUCCAAAUACUAGUUUUAAUAAUCCCUUUGGAGUGAAACAUUUAGCUAACGACAAUACUGGUUUAUCGACAACUAAUAAUAACAACAAUACCUUUGGAUUACCAAAUUUUACAUCUACCAUGCAAACGACGGAUGUCGACAAACAUAAUACUUUAAGAAAAGAAAAUUCUGCUAGCACUAUUUCGAAACCUGUUCCAUUGUUAAAGCAACGACUAAGCAGUAUUAACAUCAACCCUCCUCCAAUGGUAAAAUCAGCUACAACCAAUUGCAAACCUAUUCCAUUGAAUAAUUUGAAUGACAACAAACUUCUUGGUAAGGAAACUUUAAAUAAUUCUGAUCCGUACAAUAUUUUUGGAAAUACAAAGAAUUCUUCUGAUCCGUACAACAUUUUUGGAAAUGCAGAGAAUCCUGGAACAGCAAAUACUAUUGGCGUUCCUUUUAAACCUUUUGCGCAUGACAAUUCGAACAACAAUUUGGAAAAUGUCAAUUCUAAAACUGAUUCAUCAACUACUAAUAGUUUCGCAGAGGAAAAUGUUUUUCAUUUUUCGAACAACAUUUUUGCAAUCAAAACUCCUAAAUCGGCUCCUUCGGGAAUAGCAAAUUCUUUUGGCGCUACUGUUGAACCUUUUGCUAAUGCUAAUACGAACAGCAUUUUGGGAAAUGUCAAUUCUAAAACUGAUUCAUCAACUACUAAUAGUUUUGUAAAGGAAAAUAAAGCUAGUGCCAAUUCGAACAACAUUUUUGGAAUAACAACUCCUAAAUCGGUUGCAUCAAAUACUAAAAGUUUAUUUGGAAAUAAUGCAAAAAAUACUUCUGGAAUAGCAAAUUCUGUUGGGGUUACUUUUAAACCUGAUCCAUCCAAUAAUUUGGACAAACCAUUUGGCAAAGAACAUUUUAAACCUAUUUCCUCAAAGACUAAUAGUGUAUUUGGAAAUAAUACAGAGAAUGCUUCUGUUGGUGCUACUUUUAAUCCGGUUCCAUCGAAUAAUAUUAGUUUUUUGGGAAAGGAAACUUUAACUAGUGCCAAUUCGGACAAAUCUGUUUCAAUUGGAAACAAAAAAAGUAUUACUCCUGAUAUAGAAAAUUCAGUUAGCCGUAGUUUUAAACCUAUACCAACGAAUAAUUUUAAUAGCAUUUGGGGAAAGGAAACUUUAGAUAGUAGCAAUUCGAAAAAUCCGUUUGGAAUAGAAAAUGUUAUUGGCGCCAAACCUAAAUCGCAUAACACAAAUAAUCAAAGUCCAGGAAUUUUUAAUACCAAAAAUCUGUUAGGAAACAAAAAUAUAACUGGCUUCAAAUUUGGUGUCUUGACAAAUAGUUUAAACAAUAAUGAAACUAAUCAAAGUGCGUCAAUAGCACUCCCGAAUUCUACAAACGUGUGUUUUACACCAUCUUGCUACACCGAACAGGGUUUCUGGCCAGAUGAUGACAAUAAAGCAAAACAAAUUGAUAAAUCUCUAAUGGAUUUGAUACUGGUUGAUAUGCUGCCAUGCAGCAUAGUCAAUGGGAUGGCAUUUCAACGAUUAAAAUUUGCUGAUCCCACUACAAAAAGUCGUUAUAAGCAUAAAUCUGAGCUGUUUUUCUCCACAACACUUAGACCGGAAACCUAUAACAAUGUCAGGGGAAAGAUAUUAACAAUGAUGGCAACACCAACGUGGAUAAGUUUAACUAUAGACAAUUGGAGUUUUGCUAAUAAUUCAAAAUUGUUGCUGUUAACAUUUACAGCACAUUUUCUUCAUGGUUCCCUAAGAAAAAAGUUGGUGUUAGCUGCUAAGGUUUUGGAAAAUGAUCAAAAAGAUUCUUAUAUAACAGAAAAAUUGCCGGAAAUUAUACAAAAUUUCAAAUUAGAAGAAAAACUGCACCUAACUGUUUGCGAUAAAUUACAUAAUAUAGAAAUCACAAAGAUAACAGAAUUUGAAUGUGUAGCUCAUACCAUGCAGUUAGCGGUAUAUGAUGCCAUUUUUAAUAAGGAACAUGUAGAGGAAAUUCUUACAAAGUGUCGUAAAAUUGCUAAACACUUCGAAAAAACACAGCAGGCCAGUGAAUAUUUUCAAACCUUGCAGGAAAAAUGUUUACUCGAAAAAGAGUGUCUUAUUCAAGAUGUGGAAACAAAUUGGUGUAUCACUUAUUUGAUGAUGAAGAGAUUUAUGGAACAAAAAAUGGCUAUAUCGCUUUAUUCGAAAGAAAAGGGCGACAUAGAAAAUUUAACCACAGAAGAAUGGGACUAUUUAAAAAAUAUUGUAGAGGCUUUGAAAAGUAUUUAUGAGGCAACAACUGAUCUAUCUGCAGAUACAGCAACGAUCUCCCUAAUAAUACCAUUAAUUAAAAUAUUGGAGUCAAAACUUAAUGAAGCUGAUAACGCAGAUCAAUUGCAAAAUGAUUUAAAACAUGCUUUAAAUGAAAGAUUUAAAUUUAUCGAAACAAGUCCCCUUUUAAUAAUGUCCACAUUGUUGGAUCCUCGUUUUAAAAACAAAUAUUUAAGCAUAACCCAAAUGACCAUUGCUGAAAAGGAAAUAUCUAAUUUUUUGCAAAUGGACACCGCAAACUCCUCGCAAACUUGCAACAAAGGAGAUAAACACGAGUCAAAUGAUACACUUUGGGAAAAACAUGAUGUCACUAUUGAAACUGACAUUUCGUUUCGAAAUGAAUUAUCAUUAUAUAUACAUGAGCCUUUAUCGCUCAGAAAAUCAAAUAUUUUUGUAUAUUGGAAUACAAGUCGUUAUGUGAAAUUGAAAAAAUUAGCUGAAAAAUAUAUUUCUGUUCCACCUACUAUUAAGGCUAGUGAGCAAAUGCUUGAGGCUGCUGGCAGACUCUACACAGAGAGAAAAGCUUAUCUUAAAGAAGUGGAUAUUGAGGAAUUAUUAUAUUUUCACUUUAAUAUACCACUUUUGGAGUUCGAUUAUUAAUUCAUAUACAUACAUACUUUAUAUUAUAUAAUUUACACUUAAUACGAGUGUAUAAAUUCUAUGUGACAAAUACCAUGUAAUGCGUUUUAUUAUCAAUGACAAAAUUUUGAAAAUCUAUACCUUUAUAUAACAUAUAUACCUAUAUUAAUAAACUACUUAUAAAUACUUUAAAAUCAAUUUUUAUUUUAUUUUACGUAUCGGAUCAACUAAAACUUGUUUUUAACAGAGUAACUGUUCCUAAGAUGUAAAUUGUUCCCUAAUUAAUUUGACACAGGAAAUAUAUUGUUACCGACAGGCGAUUUUAUUUACUUUAAUUCACUUCAUGAACUAUAUUUUUAUGUUUAUCCAUAAAAUUGCAAAUAUAUUUAUUUAUAAAUCUGA